AAUCAUCAUGUCCUCCAACAGCAACAAUAAACGCGAAAACCCAAGUCCAUCCGUCAAAAAAAAACCAUGAAGCGACAGAAAAUUAACAAACGGAAAGAGAAGCAUGACAAGCAGAUGGCUCGUUAUGAGGAUCUAGCUGCUUUGUACAAUGCAAGAGAUGAAGAUAACAAGAAGAAGUUGAUGGCGACCCUCGACUACGAAGACCUAGUGGAGGGCGAGGGCCGCGCCGUCUGUGAGGGCGACAAAGUCCGUGUUCGGUACAGUUUGAUUGAAAAAAUCUGGGUAAAAAUUUUACAAAUCAAAAUUUUGAAAAGAGGCAAGGUAAUGUUGUUUUAAAGUAUCAAAAAA